AUGGAGGUGAUCCCCGAGAUCCCCCAUGAGCCGGAACAAGUACCCGAGCCGGCCCCCGUGGAUCAGGUCGUCGAGGUCGAAGUCCACGGGAUCAGAGCCAAGUUUCAUCUGAAUCGGUCGGACGAGGAGAUUAUUCCUGUGCGGUAUCUGGUUAAAGCGGAUCAUACUCGAUGCGUGCAACGUCCCGUCUGGGUCUUCCGUGAAGACAACGACGCCCGUGGCAAGAACCUUAGGAAAUGGUCCAAAGUCGACAUCGCCUUCCGGGGCGUCUUUCAAACUCUCAAGAAAGGUCCCCAGUUCGAGAAAGGAUUCUUUGAAGACGAGAAUGGAAGUACUGCGAUCUGUCCGCCCCGGACUAAUUUCGCGAAAGUGUGCAAAAGACAGGCACAGGUCAUUUAUGCUCUCCUGGAUGAGUUGAUGUACAAGCUAUCCAUUAGUCGCGAGUCGGAGGAUGAUAGGAAGUGGUUUUUCCUUCGUCCGAGAUUCAUGGAUUGUCAGGCGGAGUACUGGACCGGAUAUCGCCAUAAGUUCAAAGAUGGCCUUUCUUCAGCUAGUUGGAUCACUUUGGACCAUUUCCCGGAUAUCGGAGUAGCGCGUUGUGUUGUCCCUGUGUCAACGACCACCAGCGAAAACGAGCCCCUUCAAACCGCCCUGGCCGGCAAACUCCAACUCAUAAUGGGCCAAGUCCUAAUCAGUCUCCUCCGCCUGCGCCCUCCCGGCGACCAAUUCCCAGACCAAGAAGUCUUCCUCAUCGGCCUGCACGGAAGCAACCUUUACCUCCUGCGCGCCGUCUUCCCGGGAAGCAAAACCUCGCAGCUGUGGUGUGGCCGAUACAACCCCACCAUUAUCCACGAAGAAGAGAAGCAGUUUAUCGCCAGCAAAUCCCACAAACGCUUCUACUCCCGGGACAACAUGGCGCGGUUCAUGCAACAGCUGGAGUGGCUGCACCUGUCGCGGUCUUCGACGGAGGAGGACCCCGAUCCGCAUGUGUUCCAGGUGUUGGGGAGCAAGGAGUAUAAUUUGUGGACGAAGGAUGGGUUCCGGGCCGCGAGGAGGAUGUUGGCUGGAUUGAAUAUGUAUUUGAUGAGUGCGCAGUCGAAGGUGGGGGUGUUGCAGGAGAUUUUCGAGCUGUUUCCGUAUGAUGAGAGUGAGGAGGUGGAGGUGGAUGAUGAGGAUGCGGUGGUGAGGAGUGUUGUCAAGGAGCAGGAGGAGGUGUUGGAGGAGGAGAAGAGGUUGGAGGAGGAGGAGAGGGUGAAGAAGGAGGAGGAUUUGCGGCGGAUGAGGGCUACCGAGGCGAUGAAGACCACGGACAGAAACCGGAUUGCGGGGUUCAGAGAUAUUCGCCGUCCGUGGUGGGACUGGGUGUGGGAGGAUAGUCGGCGUGAUGAGGGUCGGUCGAGUCGUUCAAGUUCCUGA